CAUCUUGAUCGACUGCUAAGAAUAGGAUAACCUCCUUUGGGAAAGCAUUCUCGGACGCGAACAGCGCAGAGAAUCAGCCGAUCCACUGGUCUUCGGCAUCGUCCUGAAUUUUUUUUUUUUUUGGCCCAGGUGAGGUGCUGUUCUCUGGAUCCGAAUCUGAUUCUUGCCUGCGUGCGCAAUCUCCUGUGGGGUUACAGGGAGAGGGAUCGAUUCAGUUGGCCUUUCUGGGACUUGUUUCGACCGUGAUCAAAGCACGUGGGGCACAUAAAUGCACCACCGCAGUGUUAUGGAUAGGAGAUUCUUGACGUGUUUUUUGUAAAAGAAAAUGGAUCACGAGUUGCAAGUUGGCGAUCGACCUCAAAUCGAAAUGGGACCGCUUCAGGAAAGAUCAAUCCAUGAUUUUGACGAUAAGAGUGCAUCCAGCACGACGAAAGUUUUUCCGAAGAUGAAUUCUUUUCAUGCAGCCGAACAAGGGCCAUUUCCGGGGCCUUCACGAGUUGGAGGUGUUAACAUGUUCAGUUGUGCAUGUAGAAGUAUAAAGAUAGUUGUCUUCUCAAAUAAACUCAACUUGCUUAUGCCAUUUGGUCCUGUAGCCAUCUUGGUUCAUAAUAUGACUGGCCAUCAUGGGUGGGUUUUCUUUUUCAGUUUACUAGGUAUUACACCUUUGGCCGAGCGUUUAGGUUAUGCUACAGAGCAACUGGCUUUCUAUACUGGUGCUACAGUUGGUGGUCUGUUGAAUGCAACUUUUGGAAAUGCAACCGAAUUGAUUAUAUCAAUACAUGCACUGAGGAACGGAAUGAUUAGGGUGGUUCAGCAGUCAUUACUGGGUUCGAUCCUCUCAAAUAUGCUGCUUGUCCUUGGUUGUGCAUUCUUAUCUGGUGGGCUUGUUUAUAUGAAGAAGGAACAGGUUUUUAACAAGUCAACUGCUGUUGUAAACUCAGGGUUGUUACUGAUGGCUGUCAUGGGUUUACUUUUUCCUGCUGUCCUUCACUACACACACAGUGAGGUGCACUUUGGGAAGUCGGAACUGGCUCUCUCGAGAUUCAGCAGCUGCGUCAUGCUAGUUGCAUAUGCUGCCUAUCUCUUUUACCAGUUGAGGAGUCAAUCAAAUCAAUAUGUCCCUCUCAAUGAGGAAGGGAGUCCAAGUGGAGCGAGUGCAGAGGAUGACGAUGAGUCCCCAGAAAUUACUAAGUGGGAAUCUAUAAUCUGGCUUGCAGUAAUGACUGCUUGGAUCUCAUUUUUAUCGGACUAUUUGGUUGAUGCCAUAGAGGGGGCAUCGUCAGCAUGGAAAGUACCUAUUGCAUUUAUUAGCGUGAUAUUACUUCCUAUCGUAGGUAACGCAGCAGAGCAUGCGAGCGCUAUAAUGUUUGCGAUGAAAGACAAACUUGACAUAUCUUUGGGAGUGGCAAUAGGAUCGUCAACUCAAAUAUCUAUGUUUGGGAUACCCUUUUGUGUGGUUAUUGCAUGGAUAAUGGGGCGCCCCAUGGACUUGAAUUUUCAACUCUUUGAAACGGCAGUUCUUUUCAUUACUGUAUUAGUUGUGGCCUUCUUGCUCCAGGAAGGAACUGCUAAUUACUUUAAAGGGUUGAUGCUAAUACUUUCCUAUGUGAUUGUCGCUGCCAGUUUCUUUGUUCAUGUCGAUCCAACCAAAGAUGAUAAACAAUUAGAGACAUAGGGAGAUUACGUGGUCGGAUGUUCAGAAGCGGAUGCUUUAGUCUGAAUGCAUAUACGCCACGGGUGACGGUACACAUCUCCAGCUCCUGCCGGUGCGUUUUCAAUAGUGUAUAUUUGAUCGAGCACCUUGGCUGGAUUUUGUUCCACAUUUCCCUCAUCUUAUAUUUAAGAUCGAGAAGGAUUGUAUGAUAGGGUAGUCAAGAAUUAUUUCGCUGCUUGCCUAGUGUCAUUCACAUGCGCGAGUUGAGACCCAUCACAAAAUUGAUGGGAUGAGUUCAUUAGAGAUCUGCUUUUCUUUUUCCAUCUGUAUUUUGUUUUGUGUUUCUGUAAUCACUGAAUGGCUCCGGGCGAGUUGGUUUUGUACAGGUACCUAUUUUCCUUUUCCUUUUGGUAACAAAGGAAUUUAAAGAUAUGAACGGCGGAAUAAUGGUUUGAGACGUUCAAGAUUCUCAGAGUUGCUAUGAGAGUGCCUUCCAUGUUUAGAGGUUACAUAAGCCAAUUCUGAUGUAAUUUACAUCACUUAAUUUUGCCUAUGUAAUGAAAUUCAGAUGUUAUUUGCAA